AUGGCUGUGCUGUCUACUGUGAAGGCACACAAACAAUUCAAGGCUUAUUCUCUUACAAAGCUAGUGGGAAUACUAAAGUCACAUGAGAGUGCAGUGACUAAAGAAAUGAAUGUGGUUUCUAGCAUGGGUUCUUUAGCUCUAAUAUCCAAGGGAAAGAAUGCUACUGAAGAAGAAGAUUGGGAUCUUACUGAGUAUGAUCUAACAAGUGAAGAUUUUGCUUUAAUGGUGUCUAAUCCCAAGAAGUUCAUCAAAAGAAGAUUCCCAGCCAAUAAGAACCGAAAUUGGCAAGGAAGCUACAGCGCCGAGAAGGUAAAGGAGGAACCGAAAGGUGUCUCUCCGACCAAAGAACCAAAGCAAGAAGCUAAAAUUGGUGGUGACUUAGGUUUUAAUUGUCACUACUGUGGAGGCAAAAACCAUUUUGCCAAAGAUUGUAUGUUGAGAAAGCAGUCUGAAAAGAAUGAAGAAGAUGACGAGGAAGCAAAACUCGUACGACGUUUGGAGGAAAUCAGGAAGAAGAAAUCUGGAACUACUAACACUAUGAAUGCUCUAAUUGUGCAGGGAAAUACUGUUGAUGAUGAAUUUGGCGGUGUUGAAGUUUGGUCAACCGAUUCUAAAGAUGAAAAAGUGAGAACGCCCACUCAUGGCAGGGCUUUGUUGGUAAAAAAAGAGAAUGUUGCUGCAAAGUGUCUGAUUGUGACCUCUAAGAGCAAACUCGAAACCAAUAAAAAUCUUAUUUCUGAAAAUUCUGUUGAGUUCGCUCGCUCAUUAAAAGACAAGACUAAAGCCCUCAAGACAAAAGUUGUAGUAUAUCAAAAAGUCCAAACAACUCCAAAUCAAGUUUAUACAGUCAAAGGAGUCACUCCACAUCAGACAGCCGAACUCACAGCAUUAAUAGAAGAAUAUAAUGUAUAUGGCUACGAUGAGUUUUUCUGGUCGGCACCGAUUGAUAAUGUUGAUGAAACAAAAGGUUUAUCUCAGAAAACAUCAUGGAGAGUGAAGGGCAGGUAUGUGGCAGAACCACUUAAUGAACCUGAGCGAUUCGGUGUUCCAAGCACAAGUGGUGCCAAAAUAUCUUCAGGCGAACCGGUCAUGAAAUCAAGCGAAACAGAUUCACUAAAGAGGGAAACUCCUACUAAGAAACCAAGGAAAAGGGCUAACAUCCACAAAAAUCCAAACACAAGAAGAAAGGAAGAACUGAGGGAAUUUCAGUCCCUUCAAGAUGGUGGAAGUGUCAAGUAUGGAAAUAAUUCCUUUGGCGCAAUCAAAGGAUAUGGUAUGAUUACCAAUGGUGAUUUCUCAAUUCGAAAAGUUGCGUACGAUGAGGGUCUUCAACAUAACCUCGUCAAUGUUUCACAACUGGUAGUCGGCACAAGGUUAAAGGUUUCAUUGGAUGACGAUGACUCAUAA